CGUCGAGGCAUAAUAAACAAACACAUGCAUUCAGCAGCCCUCGACUCGUGCCUCAAAUAAGUAACCUUCAAUUGUAUAGACGCUCAUCAUGUUGUUUGAAUCCCUUUUGGAGCCUUUCUUGGCUUUCGCACAGCUCGGAAACCUGCCCGGCAAUACCGCAAAUGCAUCCGCCCUAGCUACUUAUGUUCUUCCAGAACUGCCGUAUGCCUACGAUGCCCUUGAACCAAGCAUCUCGAAGCAAAUCAUGGAACUGCACCACACCAAGCACCACCAGGCCUACGUAACAAACCUCAACAAGGCGCUGGAGGCCUCCGCCGUGGCGCUCUCGCAAGGGAGCAUCGCCGACUUUGCCGCCCAGCUAUCGGCGAUCCGAUUCAACGGCGGCGGGCACAUCAACCACGCGCUGUUCUGGCAGAACCUCAGCCCCGCCUCGUCCCCGGAGGCGUCGCCCGACGCGGCACCCAGCCUGCAAGCCGCCAUCGCCUCGGCCUGGGGCAGUUUUGACGAGUUCCGGUCGGCGUUCACGGCCGAGCUGCUCGGCAUCCAGGGGAGUGGGUGGGGGUGGCUCGUCAAGGAGAAGGGAACGGGGUCGCUGCGCAUCGUGACGCUCGCGAACCAGGAGGCCGUCGUUGUCGGGGACACGCCCAUCUUGGGCGUCGACAUGUGGGAGCAUGCUUACUACUUGCAGUACCUUAACGGCAAGGCUGCCUACGUGGAAAACAUCUGGAACAUCGUCAACUGGAAGACGAGCGAGGAGAGAUUCUUGGGUGGCAGGGACGAUGCCUUUGCUAGCCUCAGGGCCACCAUGUAGCACAUUUGGGUCCCUCGCGAAUAGCAAACGAUGAAUAUCAUUGGAUGCGCCCACCGCCAUAUUGGAAAGGACUGUCUGGCUCGGCCUCAUAGAUGUACAGCGUGCUGUUAUGCUGGUCCGGCAUCCAGUAGAACCUCAGCUUGCCGUCUUCCACGCUCGCGUCCACCGGGUUCUGCGUAAGCCUGACCCCCAGCGCACUCUCCAGGGCGAUGGGCACUUCCGCCAACGGGACCAUGGUCGCCACGUCCACCAGCGCUACGCCGCCAAGGUUGUAGUUGCCAACGGUUGCGACCCCUGAACAGAGCAUGAC